AUGAAGCACGGACGGACACGUGAAGAAUUAUAUAUGUGUGUUGUUGUUCUUGUCGCAAGCGCACUGUUGGACGUGCUGCGGGCGGCAGCAGCACACGGGCAGGCGGAUUUCUUUGUCUUCUUUCUGCGGGAGUGGGUAGCAGCGGAUGUGACUGUGUUGGGGGGCCCGCGGGCUCUAGAGGAGGUGCUGCAGCUGCUGCUGAGAUGCAGACGAUUUCACCAGGCCGUGUCGUGGUUCCGGCGCUGCCUGGGUGCAUACCCUCACAACCCGCCCUCGCCAGCAGUGGUGCGGGUGCUGCUGCACGCGCUGCAGAGGAGAAGCAUGUGGCACGAGAUGCUGGACGUGUUUGGAUGUAUGCAAGGCUACCCCGGCUAUCAUGACAAGGUCAACUACACCACAGUCAUCCGCACGCUCCUGCACUGCCGCCAGCCCAAGCUCGCACUCACCCUCUUCCGAGACAUGCUAUCCACAGGCCUGCUCCACUGCGACCGCCAUGGCCGCGUGCUGUCACCCCGUGACAACGACGCCACUGACAUGAGGCUACUGCAGGCCGUGAGGCACGCGGCUCUCCUGGUGGGCAACAGGGAGGUGCUGAGCAUGCUGGGUGCUGGUGCCGUGGCUGCUCGCAGCAAGAACAGCAGCGAGAGCGUGGGCGAGGAGCGCACGGUCGUACUCGCUAUAGACACUUGCAAGUCGUGCCUUACCGCGUUCGACUCCCUCGCCGCCUCCUGCCACAAAACGCAAUCCUUCCUCUCCGAGAAUCCCGCUUCUUCUGCGGAAUUCCAACUCAAACCCACGGACCGCCUUGUAGUGGUGUUCCACCAUGCCAACCACACACCCAUUAGCAUCAUGACACGUGGCGCGGGAAAGCUUCGCGAAGGGUCCGACGACAAAUUGAGCGACAGCCAAUCGGAAAACAGCCCCGCGUCGCCGUCAACCCCAAGGUCCAUCCUAGGCGCGCUCCUGAGUCCUCUAUCCGCGGGAAGCUCGAAGCUCCGACCGAACUCCGCGUCCGGCGCCGACGAAGGCGGGGAUGACAGCGUCCCGCCCCCCAGACUAAACCUCCCGCGCCACCAGCUGUGGCGGCCGCAGCUGAACCCUUCGAAGGUGGUGCAGCAGAUGCAGGAGGCGGGGCGCGCGGACGCGGCGCCAGUGGUGGUGAUGGCGCUGAUGGCGGAGCGGGAGGUGCGGCGCGCGCUGGCGGAGAGGACGGCGUGGGAUCGGCGCACCAAGCGCGCGGUCAUGCGCAUGGCGGCCGUUGCGCGCGCGUGCAAGAUUCGGUUUGAGGCUAUCGACUUAUCAGACAUCGCAGGAGAGCCCGACAGCAGCAGAAAACGAGACACGAAUCCCGCCUCAUCCACGCAAUCCCCGCCCGCGGGAUUUCCGAGGAAAACCUGUGAAAAAUCACCGCCGUCGCAGGCACUGUCUUGGGAAGCCAAGGCCGAUGCGGUGAUCCGGUUCUGUCGGCAUAUCAACGCGGAACUGCUGCUGCUCCCUUCCUCUCAUGCGUGUAAGGCGCUGAACUUCUCUGGCAAAUUCGCCACCCAUAAUUUCACGAUUCGCUGGUCGGGCCUACCUGUUACUGGGGCCGUUGGCGGGAGAACAGGGACAGGUUUACCAGUUACAGGGUUACCCGUUACAGGCGGAGUCACUGGGAGCAGCACCACUGGAAGCAGCAGCAGCGGCACCGGAGGUAGCGCCACGUUUGCCGCUCCCUCCUCGUCCCUGCACCUCUCCCCGCCUUUCCCGCGCCCUCCUGCCUCUGCAACCGCCACCAGCACUACCAUCAGCAUCACCACUGGCACCGGCGGCGGCGGCGGCGGUGGCGCGACCGGCUCUUCUUCAGUCGUCGAGGACCAAGGCGGCGGAACCGCGACAGUCGCGUCGGGGUUCUCCCCUCAUGUCUUUAACAUCCCCUCGGGCGGCGCGGCGGUGGGCGGAGGCACGUCCACGUGGUUGCAGGCCGACCAUCCACAUCACCACCAGGUGCUGAUCCCGUCCGCAGCGCACAAGCGCACCACGUUCGUCUCGUCCGAAGGCGCGCAGCUCGCGGGCGGAAUAAGCGGCGGGAUAGGCGGCGCGAGCGCCGGAAUAGGCGGAUUGAAUCUAGGCGGGGUGAAUUUAGGUCCUCCCGUUUCGUCUCCCACCCCCGAAGUAAUCACAAUCACAGUCCCGCCCGCAUGGGACGAUCACCCCGCUACAGCGUCCUCUUCCGGGAUUGGUCGGCCGGGGCAGCAAACCCUAGAACGCGAGCAGCCAAUCCCAGCGCAGAGCUCGCGACCGUUACCCGAAGGGCGGGUGAAGGAACCGAAAGAGAAAGACGAGAAGGCGGAGGAGGAUUGGCGGAGAGGGCGCGUGAAGAUUCCACCACACGAUUACAGCCACGUGUCAGCAGCGUCCCAGGGGCUGUACGCGUUCGUACAGAGACUCGUCUUCUACUGGUUUCCGCCUGACGAGGAGGAUUACGAAACACCCCCCGGGACCACGUGGGUAGAGCUGGUAGCGCUCUCUAUCCUUCUCCUCGGCGCUGCUGCUGCUCUCCGCUCUGCCUUCCCCCGUUUUUUCGACCGCCUGGCGCUCCUGCUGCACACCGCGUUCCCCCGCUCGCGACUCUUAGUUAAAAGGCUGCAGAGAGUGAAACGGGUGGUGGUGAGGGCGGUGGCGGACGGUACAGGGAUUGGCAGGUUGGGGAUUGGGUCUGGGCUGGGUCGGGGGGGAGGGGGAGGCGGAGGCGGAGGGGGAGGGGGAGGGGGGGGUAUCCUUCCUUCCUGGGCGCAUUACUUGCCGUUUGGGGGGCUGGGAGGGGGAGGGGGAGGGGCAGCAGCAGCAGCAGCAGCAGCUGGAGCGGGAAUGGGGUAUGCAUCAGGCCCUCGACCGUUCAGGCUGCGAGGGACAGGGGGUACAGGGAACUACUCAGCUCUGGAUAAGAAGUUUGCGUCUAGUGGGGGCGGCAGCUGGGAAUAUCUAGGUGAGAGGGACAGAGAUAGGGAGGGUGGUUCGGAUAGUGGGGGUGGGGAGGGGUCUUCCACAGCAGCUGCCGGACCUGCAGGUGCGGCCGGUCUUUCGUCUCGUAGCGCCUCCCGGGCGGCAUCUGGGUGCGGGAUUCAUGUGUAUGCCAACGGGGACCGGUACGAAGGAGAAUUUUACCAGGGCAGAUGCUCGGGCAGCGGCGUGUACAUUUUUUCGGGCAGCGGGCGGUAUGAAGGCGACUGGGUGGACGGAAAAUACGAUGGGUAUGGGAUUGAGACGUGGUCGAGGGGGAGUCGGUAUCGGGGGCAGUACAGGAAGGGCCUGAGAGAAGGGUAUGGGGUGUACCGGUUUUAUACCGGGGAUGUUUAUGCGGGGAUGUGGGCGAAAGGGCAGAGCCAUGGUGUGGGCGUGCAGACGUGCGGCGAUGGCAGCAAGUAUGUGGGCGAGUUUGCUUGGGGCGCCAAGCAUGGAUUCGGCAAGUACACCUUCAGAAACGGCGACACAUACGCAGGAGAAUACUUUGCCGACCGAAUGCAUGGAUAUGGCGUGUACGAGUUCAGCAACGGGCACCGGUACGAGGGCGCGUGGCACGAGGGGCGCAAGCAGGGCCUCGGCAUGUACACCUUCCGCAACGGCGACAUGCGCGCCGGCUACUGGCACCUCGGGGCGCUCGAAACCCGCAGCACCAACACCCUCCCGGCAUCACCCACUGGCAGUGGCGCGGGCGGAGGAGGAACAGUGGGGGGGUCAGGGGGAGGAUCGGGGAUGGCGGUUGGGCUGGCAGCAGGGCCGGGGGGAGGACCGGGAGUGUCGACAGAGCUGGUGGGGGGAGGAGGGGGAGGUAGUGGGUUGGUGUCGCCGGUACGGACUCCUUUGUCUGCUGGUGGGAUGGGGCUGUCCACGCCACUCACACCGCACACGCCCCACUCGGCGUCGUCACCCAACGCUGUCAACCAUUCCCGCGUGCUGCAUGCCGUUCAGGAGGCACGUAGAGCAGCAGCAAAGGCGGAGAAUGUGCUGAGAGUGGACGACCGGGUGUCUAAAGCGGUCUCUGCUGCAAAUCGAGCAGCUGUGGCAGCUCGAGUCGCAGCUGUGAAGGCCAAUCAAAGGGGGUCAAAUCACUCAUGA